CUAUUCUUCCUUCUGCGCAUGCGGUAUUGGCGGUGGUGGUGGUGGUGGUGGCGGCGGCGGCGGCUGGGGUAGUUGGUCCGUCGUUCGUUCGGUUAGUCGGACGGUCGGUUUGCGUUGCCUGACAAUCAGGAGGCGAAGUGGCUGUCGGGGCGAGAGAGCGGAGAGGAGGGGAAGGUGCAGCACCAGGAGGCGGCGCGAGGGAAGUCACUUGGAGCAGGCAGGUCUCCGGGGUCUCGAGGCCAGCGAGCGAAGUAGGCUGAGGCGAUGGCGGACGUCCUGAGCGUGCUGCGCCAGUACAACACGCAGAAAAAGGAGAUCGUGGUGAAAGGCGACGAAGUAAUCUUCGGCGAGUUCUCCUGGCCCAAGAACGUCAAGACCAACUAUGUCAUCUGGGGGACAGGAAAAGAAGGCCAGCCAAGGGAGUAUUAUACAUUGGAUUCAAUUUUGUUCCUGUUGAAUAAUGUACAUCUUUCACAUCCUGUUUAUGUCCGUCGUGCAGCAACUGAAAACAUUCCUGUAGUAAGAAGACCUGACAGAAAAGAUCUCCUUGCAUAUCUUAAUGGGGAAACAUCAACAUCGUCAAGUAUAGAUAGAAGUGCACCAUUGGAAAUAGGUCUUCAGCGAUCUACUCAAGUUAAAAGAGCAGCUGAUGAAAUAUUAGCAGAAGCUAAGAAACCAAGAAUAGAGGAUGAAGAGUGUGUCCGGCUUGACAAAGAACGGUUGGCAGCUCGGCUGGAAGGACACAAGGAAGGCAUCGUGCAGACUGAGCAGAUCAGAUCCUUAUCUGAAGCCAUGUCGGUGGAAAAAAUCGCAGCUAUCAAAGCCAAAAUUAUGGCCAAGAAAAGGGCCACAAUUAAGACAGAUUUAGAUGAUGACAUAACUGCUCUUAAACAGAGAAGUUUUGUUGAUGCCGAAGUUGAUGUUACUAGAGAUAUUGUUAGCAGGGAAAGAGUAUGGAGGACAAGAACUACCAUUUUACAAAGCACAGGCAAGAACUUUGCCAAGAAUAUAUUUGCAAUUCUUCAGUCAGUCAAAGCUAGAGAAGAAGGCCGUGCACCUGAGCAACGACCAGUACCAAAUACUGCACCAAUGGAUCCAACUUUAAGAAACAAGCAACCUAUUCCAGCUGCCUAUAACAGAUACGAUCAGGAAAGAUUUAAAGGAAAGGAAGAGACGGAAGGUUUCAAGAUUGAUACUAUGGGCACCUACCAUGGAAUGACUUUGAAGUCUGUAACGGAAGGAGCUUCAGCACGAAAGACUCAGACCCCAGCAGCACAGCCUGUGGCAAGGCCAGUUUCUCAAGCGAGACCUCCUCCAAAUCAAAAAAAAGGAUCUCGAACACCAAUUAUCAUUAUUCCAGCAGCUACCACUUCAUUAAUUACUAUGCUUAAUGCAAAAGACCUUUUGCAGGAUCUCAAGUUUGUACCAUCUGAUGAAAAGAAAAAGCAAGGCUGUCAGCGAGAGAAUGAAACUUUAAUACAAAGAAGGAAAGACCAAAUGCAGCCUGGUGGAACUACAGUCAGUGUUACAGUGCCAUAUCGUGUAGUUGAUCAGCCUCUUAAACUCAUGCCUCAAGAUUGGGAUCGUGUUGUGGCUGUGUUUGUCCAAGGUCCUGCCUGGCAAUUCAAGGGCUGGCCAUGGUUACUACCUGAUGGAUCACCUGUUGAUAUUUUUGCAAAAAUUAAAGCCUUUCAUCUUAAGUAUGAUGAGGUUCGUCUAGAUCCAAAUGUCCAGAAAUGGGAUGUAACACUUUUAGAACUCAGUUAUCAUAAACGGCACUUGGACAGACCAGUGUUCCUGCGAUUCUGGGAAACAUUGGACAGGUAUAUGGUCAAGCAUAAAUCCCACUUGAGAUUCUGAAUUCUAGACUGCCAUUUCAUUUUGAAAACUAUUGUGAUCCAGAAAGGAAAAAAAAAUCCUGUCAGCAUUUGUGAAGAACAUUAUUACAGAUAAAGAAGAAGUCAUAAUUCAACCUUUUAUAAAACAUUGUUGGAUCACCACGUUACAAUGAAAGGCCAACAGUUCUUCUCUAUAACAAGCAAGGGAUUUUGCUUAAAACUAUUUUUUAAUAACAUACGCCUUUUAGCCUGCAAUUCAAAUUGUAUAUUUUGAUAGCAGCCAUUUCUUUCCCAUUUUGUUAAAUUAGCAAACUUUUUACAAUUACUUUUUUGUUCAAUAGAAUAUAGGUUGAUUUUCAUGGAAAGUUAUAAACUUAUGUGUGUAUGUAUAUAUAGAAAUAGAGAUGGAUGUUCUAAAUAAGCAUAGUUCUUGGUUCUUUGAUUUAUUGUUUCAUUCGUGAAAAACUUUUUGUUUUGAUUGGUAUUAUAGCCUAAAGAACUCUAGGAACUGAGCUAAGUGAAGAUUGCUUUAGCUUAAUCAGAUUGUCAACCUGUAUAUGUAUUGUAUAUUCUUUCUGUCUUUGAAAAAAGGGAGGGAAAAAACCUUUUCUUUUCUUAUAAUAAUUUACCAAAACUGUAAAAAGAGUCAUUAUGAAUACAUUUGAAAUGCAACAUUUUCCAUGCAAAUAUUUCCUUUAAAAUUGUGUUGUCUUAUGACCAGCAUAUUGAAGUAUAUUUGAAAUGCUGUAUACAGAACUAUAUUAUAUUUGGGGCAACUGGGAUUUUUAAAAAUCAGAAUUGGCAAAAUCUAUUCUCCUAAUCCCAGUAGUUAAAUGUGGUUUUUACCAUUGAUAUUACUAUAUUAUUUUCACUACAUGAGAACCAGACUUGACUCCAUAGAAGGAGCACAUUUUACUGUAUACCAAUCAUUAUCAACUUGUUUUUUUCCAGACUUAGCACUGGUAUAAAAAGGAGAUGCAGCAGGAACUUUCCUUCUCGGGUUGAAAAUCUGAUUAUAAGGCAGGAUCCUGCUCAGUGUAAUAUCUCAAUAGCUGGGAAAAUGUAGAUUCUCACCCGUUACAAUAAUGACUGCUCAGCAUUUCCAUUUAAAAAAAUUAAUAACCAAAGAACGUGUUUUACUUGAUCAAAAAAGGAGCACAAGAAAGCAAGGAAGUGUUAUUUCUGUGUGUUUGUAUUUUAUAAUAUAGUUGCUGAAUGCUGCAUACCAGUGCACAGACAGAAUUAGCCUAAUUAUUUUGACCUGGAAUUUGGGGGAAUGAAAUAAUCUGGGGGUGCUGAAUCCAGAACCAUGUUUUUUUUUUAAUGCUGAGCAUUUGACUAAAGUAAAAUAUUCUAUAUAUCCUUCU